GACACUCCAACAGUUCCGAUUGACACACUGUCCAACGCAGUACAAGAGCAUGCCGUGGUUGGUGAUCUGUUGCAAUGUCUUCAGGGAAAUCAGGGUGUGUACAUCAAACCGUUACCACUCACCUCACGUUUCGGUACCCGAUCGUUUUCGGUGGAUGAGAGUAUGGCACCUACACUGUUGGAUACUGUGAACAAGAUACUGCCUAUCUGUUCGGAUUAUUCGACCAUUGUGCGAUUUGUCGGAGAAAAAUCCACGUUUGAACAUGGAGUGGUCAAUCAUGCCUUAGCUGGAGCUAUCAGGCGUCUGAUCAAAGAUUACUUGGUACUGCUGUGCCAGUUGGAGCAUCAAUACCGGAUCGGUCAAUUGGGUAUAGCUCGACUUCAGUUCUUUCUACGCGAUUCCGCCACUAUCUUCACCCAACUCAGUCGCGUAGUGAUGGACAUCACUCGAGGCAAUUGUUUAGGUGGGGCGGUACUAUCCCUACUGUACGAUCACGCUCGCACUGUGUACGGAGUGAAACAGAUGAAUGAGUUGCUCUCUUAUUUGCUUCGUGCGGCAUCGGUUCCGUUUUUCACCAUCCUUCAGAAGUGGAUCUAUCGUGGUGUUAUUUCUGAUCCUUAUGAAGAGUUUUUUAUCGCAACCGGUCCUGUGCCGGAAUUCCUUCAACCGGGACGUCAUCUGAACCCACGUGAUCAAAAUCAGUGGGAUCAGGUGGCUCAUGAAUACGUGGAUUGGGCAUUUUUCUGGGAACGGCAUUACAGUGUGAUCCCAACCAAUCUACCCAGUUUUCUCGCGUCGCAUUUGAACAAGAUUUUGAACACUGGGAAGUACUUAAACGUGGUCCAGCAGUGUGCUAAUGUGACUGAUGCCGCAUCGAUGGAAUCCGCUAUUAAGGAGCUUUAUGUUGAGCUAGAAAGUCGUCUGAGAAUGCGUGAGAAGUUAAUAAACGGGGAACGAAGAGAGGCAUUCCACUGUUUAAUUGCGCUCCUCCCAGUCGUUCCGUACACCCUGAAUUUCUACUUGUUCGUUGAAUUCUCCCUGGUGUUCAGUCAGCACGGAGAAGCUCUUCUUGUUGUUGUUAUUGCUGUGGCUGUUGUUUUUCUUGUCAGCUCAAAGCAUAUGUCCUUCUGUCCUAUCAUGACCUUUCUUUCGUUGUGCCACUAUCGGUUUUUUUAUCCGUACCACACAGCCGACGCGUACGAGCUGCCCCAAAUUGAAUCGAUCGAGUACGAGGAGAGUGAGAUGAAAUACCUGGAGCAAAUCGAGAACGCACAUCUCUACGCCAGCAGUCUACUCCUGCGACUAAUGAUGCACGAGAAGGACCUGAAGGAGCAUUUAAAAUCGAUCAAACGCUAUUUUCUACUCGAUCAGGCUGAUUUCAUUGUGCACUUCAUGGAUGCAGCCGCGAAAGAGUUGUGCAAGCCCAGCACAGGUACGUGUCGUUCAUUCUGCUUUCGGCAUGAUUGA